AUGUCUAAGCUCUUCAUUGGAGGCCUCGCAUGGCACACCGACGACCAAGCUCUCCGUCAAAAGUUCGAGGAGUUCGGUCAAGUCGAAGAAGCCGUCGUGGUUAAGGACCGCGAUACUGGCCGCAGCCGAGGCUUUGGCUUUGUGCGCUAUGCCCAGGACACCGAGGCCGAUGCCGCUAUGCAGGCCAUGAACAACGAGGAAUUCGACGGACGUAGGAUUCGCGUCGACAAGGCCUCCGACCGCGCUGGCGGUGGUGCUCCUCGCGGCGGCGGCUACGGAGGCGGUGGCGGCGGAUACCGUGGAGGUUACGGCGGUGGUCAAGGAGGAGGUUACGGUGGCGGCGACCGUGGCUACGGCGGCGGCGGCCAGGGCGGUGGCUCUUGGGGACCUUCUCAAGGCGGCGGCGGCGGCGGCGGAUACCAGUCUCGCGGCGGCUACGGUGGCGGUCAGGGCAGCGGCCAGGGCGGUUACGGUGGUGGUCAAGAGGGUGGCCAAGGUGGUGGCCAGCAGUGGUAA